AUUGUUGUGAAGAGUCUUAAAGGGGCCGCAUCACCCGGCCGGCCCGGCGCCGGGCGGGGGUGGGUGCGGCUGGGGUCCCGGGGCGGCCGAGCGCGGAAGACGAACUGGAAAGCGGGUAGGGGGCGCGGGAGCAGGUGACGCAAAGCGGGCAUCGGACUGACCCCCCAACAGGCCCCGCCCCGGCCCCGGCCCGGCCGAUGGACCCCCCAGUGGCCAAGCGGAGCCGGGGCUGCCCCGCGGGACCAGAGGAGCGCGAUGCCGGGGCCGGGGCCGUGCGCGGCCGGGGCCGGCCCGAGGCGCUGCUGGACCUCAGUGCCAAGCGAGUAGCCGAGACCUGGGCCUUCGAGCAGGUGGAAGAGCGGUUCUCCCGGGUGCCAGAGCCCGUCCAGAAGCGCAUUGUGUUCUGGUCAUUCCCACGCAGCGAACGGGAGAUCUGUAUGUAUUCGUCCCUGGGCUACCAGCCCCCGGAGGGCGAGCAUGAUGCCCGGGUGCCCUUCACCCGCGGGCUGCACCUGCUGCAGAGCGGGGCCGUAGACCGAGUGCUGCAAGUGGGGUUCCAUCUGAGCGGAAACAUCCGGGAGCUGGGGGGCCCUGGAGAGCCCGAGCGCCUUUACCACGUCUCGAUCAGCUUUGACCGCUGCAAGAUCACGUCUGUGAGCUGUGGUUGUGACAACCGUGACCUCUUCUACUGCGCCCACGUGGUGGCCCUGUCGCUGUACCGCAUUCGGCAUGCCCGCCAGGUGGAGCUGCGGCUGCCCAUCUCCGAGACGCUGUCCCAGAUGAACAGAGACCAGCUGCAGAAGUUCGUGCAGUACCUCAUCAGCGCCCACCACACCGAGGUGCUGCCCACCGCCCAGCGCCUGGCUGACGAGAUCCUCCUGCUGGGCUCCGAGAUCAACCUGGUGCACGGUGCCCCAGACCCCACGGCCGGCGCAGGCAUCGAGGACGCCAACUGCUGGCACCUGGACGAGGAGCAGAUCCAGGAGCAGGUGAAGCAGCUGCUGUCCAACGGCGGCUACUACGGCGCCAGCCGGCAGCUGCGCUCCAUGUUCAGCAAGGUGCGGGAGAUGCUGCGGAUGCGGGACUCCAACGGGGCGCGCAUGCUGAUCCUCAUGACCGAGCAGUUCCUGCAGGACCCGCGCCUGGCCCUGUGGCGGCAGCAGGGCGCGGGCAUGACCGACAAGUGCCGGCAGCUGUGGGACGAGCUGGGGGCCCUGUGGGUGUGUGUCGUCCUGAGCCCCCACUGCAAACCAGAGGAGCGGGUGAGCUGGCUCCAGCUGCUUGGCAAGUGGGACAAGCUGGACGUGUGCCCGCUGGAAGAGGGCAACUACUCUUUCGACGGGCCCAGCCUGCAGCCCACCGUGGCCCUCAGCCCAGGCCCGGAGGAGGAGGAGGAGGAAGAGGAGGCGGCGGCCACAGGUUCCCGCCACACCGUCUUCUGCCGUGCCCUCCAGGCCGGGGCGCUGCACUGGAGUGACACCCACCUGCAGAGGAUCCUGGCCAGCGACUCCUACGGCCCCAGCCUCACAGGCACCAUGGGCAGUGAAAAGCCAACCUUUGACCCCCAGGGCCGCCCACUGUGGCUGGGCGAGCCCUUCCCCACCGCCUGCGCCCGCGUGGACACCCUGCGUGCCCACGGAUACCCCCGCCAGGCCCUGCGGCUGGCAGGGGCCAUCAUCAACACGCUCCGGCUACAGCGGCGGCAUCAGCUCGAGAGCUACAAGCAGCAGAAAAAAGAGCUGCUGCAGAAAGGUAACACCUGCAUCACCAACACGGAAGGAUGGGUGGGCCACCCCCUGGACCCCAUUGGCUGCCUCUGCAGGGCGCUCCUGGAAGCCUGCCGCCUGGAGGAAGAGACCCUCACCCUUUACCCAGACUCGGGGCCCGAGAAGCGGAAGGCGGCCUACCAGCACGUGCCGGUGCCCGGGAGCCCCGGGGAGUCCUACUUGGCGCUGGCCCUUGAGGUGGCACUGCUGGGCCUGGGGCAGCAGCGGGCCCUGCCCGAGGGACUGUACGCGCAGGACAAGGUGGUGCGCAGCGAGGAGCAGCUGCUCGCCCUGCUGGAGGAGGUGGAGCUGGACGAGCGGCUGGUGCAGGUGCUGCGCAAGCAGGCGGGGCUGCUGCUGGAAGGGGGUCCUUUCAGCGGAUUCGGAGAAGGACUCUUCCGGGAGAGCGUGCCCAUGCACACCUGUGCCCGAUACCUGUUCACCGCGCUGCUGCCCCACGACCCCGACCUGGCCUACCGCCUCGCGCUGAGAGCCAUGAGAAUCAAGAUUUCUGCAAACCCAUAAUCUGGAAAUUGAAGCCUGGUCUUCCUUUUACACCCAUGAUGCGUCCUGUGUCUGUUCCUUCCUCCUUAUUUUCACUGAACUUGGCAUCUUAAAGGUUUGGUUGUAUCACAUAGCAUGUGAACUGCUAUAAGGAUGUAUCAUAAAAGAACCAAUUUAGAGUUGAUAGACAAUUGACACUAUUUCCCCAGAAACAUUGCUGUGAAUAACCUUAUCAUUUUUCAUGUACCAAUUGACCACAGAAGCAGAAUUUUUAAAGGCCCCACUGGGUAGUACACCAUGCCCAACAAGGUGAAUUCUGUCCCCGGUCUCUGAUCCCAUCAUCCAGAGAUACCUAUUAACAAUUUAGGGUGCAUCUUUCCAGAAUAUUUGGAAAGAGUAAUCUGUGAAGAGCUGUGAUUUCUAAGCCAGGAACCAGCACAUGACAGCCCCUGGGCCAGAUGUGGCCUGCCAUGUGUUAAACCCAUGAGAUCAGAUCAAGCUUUUACAUUUUUAAGUGUUUAGAAAUAAAUCAAAAGAAUAUUCUGUGACACAUGGAAAGUAAUAUGAAACUCGAGUUUCAGUGUCCAGCAAUAAAGUUUUAUUGGCACACAGCCACGCUCAUUCAUUUACGUAUUGUCUGGGGCUACUUUUGCUUGGCAAUGGCAGAAUUGAAUGGUUGUGACAGAGACCAAAUGGCCCCCCCACAGAGCCGAAAAUAUUGACUGUCCGAACCUGUGCAAAAAAAAAAAAA